AUGGACCAAGCACCUCCUCCCUACAAUACAGCUACUAGUAUCCCUCCUCGCAUGCCUCCAACCAUGGCCCCAACUCCGAGCCUGAGCAUGGCAACUCCAUCUCCUCCAUCUCCUCCAUCUCCAGCCCACCUCCAGUCUUCUCAAUCACAGGCUCUGUUAGUCGACCUAAAAUGGAGUAAAUUGAAGUUUUUCAUUUCGCAGUUUGAUCCACAAAACCCGCAGCGAAGAGGCACACCUCUUUACCACGUCGCCCUGCAGGUCGUCAUGGCUCCACACCUUCGAUUCAAGGCUAUCGAAGGCAAUGGCACGAUCGAAAGAGAAGUCGGCACUGGCACAGUGCAUACCUUCAGCAUCUCACCAGAUUAUGAAUUAUACGGCAAACCCGCUACACUCAAGGCGCAAAAGCGCUUCAGCACCUUCUACACGCACAUGUCGACCGUUUUCUCCGACACGCAAGAACCAGUCAAAAUGACCUGGACUAGCAACACCGACUUCAAGGGCUGGGAUUUUAUCUGUGUUGACCACAACCAGGUCCCCGUUGCCAAAUUCUCCGCCAACAUCUGGGCUGUGAAGAAAUUCGGCAAGAUUGAACUGCUCGGCCCCAAGGCUUUUGAUCCCGCGGCUAGAGAUGAGAUUGUUGUUCUCGCUGUCACUUUGUUCUACUGCAUGUACCUCCGUGUCAACAACCCCUUCAAUCUGCUUGGUUCGGCCUUCAUGUCUAAGGAGAAGACCGAGCAAUCUUCGUCCCAGUCACCGCAAGCUUCCCAAUCAUCACAAGCUGAGCCCCAUUCAAGGGAGGAACUUGAGUUCUUGGCAAGGUCGAAUGUCAAUGUCCAACCGAAGCAGGAGUUCCGUGGGGAACGGGUCAUUUCUUAA